AUGAGUCUCUCGGUCCAUGUGUCAUUUGGAACUAUCUUCCUUUUGGGUCUUUUUCUUUUUGGCCAAACACGGCCCGGACGCCGACCACCUAAAUGGAGAUGUCCCCUACCCUGCAACUGCACCGGAGACAGCGUCCUUUGUGACGGAUCCAGCUUCAUACCCAACACUUACCCCUCGAACGUCAUCUCUGUGUCCUUCAGACGAUGUUCCUUCAAGUAUAUUCCCCCUGGAAGCUUUGCCCCCUCCCAGACCUUGCAGAUCUUAUUAUUUACAUCAAGUUCCUUUGAUACGAUCUCAGACGAUGCUUUCCUGGGACUCAAACAUCUGGAAUAUUUGUUUAUUGAAAACAACAAAAUCAAAGCAGUUUCCGGAAACGCAUUUCGCGGCUUGAAAUCGCUGGUCCACCUGAGUUUGGCAAAUAAUCGCCUGGAAUCCCUCCCGCGGGGGCUGUUCCUGCACCUGCCGGCUGUGAAGCAAAUAGACCUACGUGGAAACCCAAUGCUCUGCAACUGCCAAAUGAAAUGGUUGAUCGAGUGGAUGAAUGGGAUUGGGAAGAACGUGGCGGUGUGGCCUCCAUUACCAUGCGCUGAACCUUCUAAACUCAUCGGGCGCAAUCUGAGCGACCUGACGGUGAACGACUUCUACUGCGUGAGCAGCAACCUAAUCCAGCGUUGGACCUUCAAGCUUCCAUCUUUGUCCGUGAAAUCCUUUCAGUAUCUAUCAGACCAAUACGUAGUCAUAACGCAUCCUUUUGAGGGACGUUGCACAUUUAUGGAGUGGGACCAUGUCGCUUAUGUUUUCCGACAGUAUGACAGCAUUAAAGGUGCUUCUAUUGUCUCCUGUCUACCUUUGGUGAUUGGAGAUCAGCUAUUUGUCGUGGUGGCCCAGUUAUUCGGCGGCUCGUACAUCUAUCGCUUUGACUCAAACCCAGGAACCCUCUCUUCCUUCCGCCUCUUCCAGAAACUCCCCGACACUCGCAAGCCCAACGACGUAGAAUAUUUCAGGUCAACAGACAACGAACAUUAUUUCGUGAUCGCAGACAGCGCCAAAUCAGGAGCGAGCACUUUGUACAAAUGGGACGGACGUGGAUUUUACACCCACCAAAAGCUUCCCCAUUGGCAUCGAGAUACAGACGCUGAACCCUUGCUCCUCUCGGGUUCCACACACCUGAUCAUGAGCAGCGGAUCCCAGAGACCGGUUGUGUACCGGUUUGAGGACAAACGUCUCCGACGCCUCACUGACAUCCCGGAAGCUUGGGAUGUGUACGCCGUGAAGCAUUUCACAGAUCCAGAAGAUGGGGUUUUUGCCUGCUUGGUGAGCUACAUAGGCGAAUCGUCCCUUGUGCGUUGGGAUGGCUCAAUGUUCCGGCAGCUCCAGCAACUACCGUCCAGAGGCUCUCAUGUUUUCCAGCCUUUGAUGAUAGGGGAUAGUUGGCAUGCUCUUCUGGGCCAUGAUUUUGGUUAUGCUUUUGUCUACCAGUUAGAGAAGUGGAAGCAUUGGGAGAUAGAGGAAGGAAGUGACAGAGAGAGACCACGGGGACCUCUGGUGCCAUUUCAGGAGCUCCGUGUCCUGGCGGCACGGGCUUUCUCCACCGUGCAGGUGCGAGGUAGACAAUUUGUCUUCGUGGCCAGCGUUGGAGGAGAUACUGUGGUAUACGAGUAUGUAAAGUAUGAAAACAACAUAUAAAACCAGGACAUCAGUAAAAAAAAAAAACAACAUCUGCUGUUUGGAACUGUUCCUUACUUGGAAGUUUGGAAACAAACAUAUGGAUUAUUAAAUAUCAAGCUUUCCCAUCGUGGACCAUAUCAGAAGAUCCACAAUGAGGAAAAGGGAGGCAUUUGAAGAAGAAAAAAAAAAGUGAACAAAACUAUAUGAAGUUACAUGGAUUCCACUAGCGAAAAAUGACAUCAUAACCCAAUACAUCCAGCACAUGAAAAGCAAUAUGAAAAAAACUGAAAAUAUAUGCAUAUUAUAAAAAUGCCAACAAUACCACAACUACCGCAAACAGUAUUAACAGAUGUUUGGGAAAGUUCCCAUGGUCACACUUUGAUUACACAAAAUACCACAAACCUAUUAAAAUGGAAAAGUUUUUUUUAAUUCAAAAAA